AGUGGCAGGACCUUACGGAAUGUGCUUUUUUUCCUAGCUAGGUGAAAGCAUCAGUCAGUCCCACGGUCGCUUCCUCGAGAGACAAGCCAACAGUCGCGAGGCUCUGUAACAGGCACGGACUACGCUGCCAACCCGAACCUGCCAGAGAAGCGGUAUAGUGUACCUCGACUCGAGUUUGAACUUCUGCCUCUGGAUUCUGGGCUGGCACAGGUGAAAUCAAGCGUACAGUGGGGAUUAGUACGCGUUGGGCUUCGAGUGGAUUAUCCGGUAGUUCAGGAUUUACACGAUUCGCGCGAAAUGAGGCGGAAAAACUAAAGUUACCUUAUCGGGGGGUGGUGGUGAAGAAGCGAAAAUUGCUGUCUGCGAAUGGUUAUGAACGCGCGAGCUAGAAAUCUCGGUAUCCUACGGAAAGUGUGUGCGAAAAUGUAAAUUGAUUUGAUUUCUGGUGGGCUGCAGAAAAGAAAAUUCUUCGAAUGAUUUUUACUGAAGCUGUGGCAGCCAUCCCCGACAACCGUUUGAUACUUGAGGAAGGAAACCGAGUGUGUGUGUUCGUGUGCCGACUGGAAGGAAGGAAUGUAUACCGUCGCGCUACGGCACAAGAUUAGGGUAGAGAAAUCGUCGAUUUAAUUAACGUGAAAGUGUUGAAAAAAUAGUGAAACAGAACCGAGUGGAAAGAUAAGAGCUUAUUUCAGCCCAGGUGCCAGGGUUAUAGUUCACAUUAUUAAGAAGAUUAAAAGAAUAGAAAGCAGGCUAAGGAGCGAACCAACUAAGAAGUCUGGGUGGGAAAUAAAAAAAAACUAGAGCUGGGAAAAUCUCGACACCCCCGCGCUCUCAGUGUCUCCGGUUACGUUUGUGGCAUACAGACCGCACACACCAAUGUGUUGUUCGGCCAACAGCGUCGAGGUGCUCCAGUCGAGUGUGUGAGUGUGUGUGUGGGUAGAAGGAUCCUCUUUCUAUUACACACAGCCCUCUUUACAGGCUCCCUCGUUUGCGCUUUUCCUCAUUUUCCUAUCCAUAUUUCUCCGGCUGUGUCCAUACUUCCACGUGUUUGUGGGGUGUUAUAUGUGCUAGAGCCAGUGACGGAGCCUAGUCGUCAUCGAUGCCGUACGAAUGAAGAUUGAAAGUUUCGUGAUUUCAUUCUCGUCGUAUUCGUUUUCAUUUUUUGAUCUGCCUUCGUUUGAUUGCAUCGAAAGACUGCGCGCGAUAACGAUGUCCUAUUCGAAAAGUGGAUCCUUACAAUGCUCUUGAGUAUUGGAUGCUGAAUGUGCUGUGCCGUCCGGAGGAUACCAAAGCCAGACACAGAUAAUCAAUAGUUAUCAAUCGAUCAACAUCGACAUUACCGACCGUCAAUCUUCCCUAGCAAGAAAACUUCAUCGGAACGAGAAAGCUCAAACCUUCAGUUAUUCAAACCACAGAACCGCACCGCACCCACCGCAAUCUCAGCCAACCCGCAUCCAAACACCGUACCACCAACCAACGAACGCCUGAAUGAAGCCCCGUCAAACACAGCGCCACUGGAAUUGAAGAAUAACUUUUCGAAACCAUUAGCCAAGCUUCCUCAUUUAGAAAGUUAACACAUUCACCCACACUGCUUCCAUACGAAAUCAAGUCAGACACAGCGAAUGCAAUCCUGGCAUAUGCACCGUCUGCACCGAAGCCGAGGAGCAACGCGCUGUAACGGGGCGUCCUGGUCCAACUAAAAACUCAAUUAAAAUCUCCGGAAACAAACAGGAUUCGUUCGUUGAUAGGCGAGUGGUGGUGCAUUGGCGGUAAAAGUGAUAGUGCUGGCCGCCGUAGAACGAACCCAGCAAUCUAGUCAAUGCGAAAAUGGCAACCCCACCGGACAGUCCCAUCGAGGAGGUCGUGUACGAGCUGGAACCAACUCGGGCGCCCAAGCCUGUUCCCGUGGCGCUCGAGGACCUUUGUAGGUUAACCAAGUUCACCCGCCAGGAGAUACGAGUCAUGUAUCGGGGCUUCAAAACGGAAUGUCCCGAUGGAGUAGUGAACGAGGAUAGUUUUAAGGAUAUUUAUGCGAAAUUUUUCCCUCAUGGAAAUUCCAGCCUUUAUGCACACUAUGUGUUCAAAGCGUUUGAUGUUAAUUGUAACGGAUCCAUCACCUUUCGGGAUCUGCUAGUAACCCUAUCGACACUCCUACGGGGUUCCGUAUACGAGCGGUUACGAUGGACGUUCCGUCUGUACGAUAUCAAUAACGACGGCUGCAUCAGCCGGGCCGAGCUGGGCGAAAUCAUCAUGGCGGUGCACGAACUGAUGGGUCGAAGGCCCAACCAUCCGGAGGACGAAGUGAAAGCUAGAGAACAGGUGGAACGUGUCUUUCAAAAGCUGGAUCUGAAUCAGGAUGGAAUCAUCACUGUUGAGGAGUUCCUGGAGGCGUGUCUCAAGGACGACGUCGUUACCAAAUCACUUCAAAUGUUCGACACCUGCCUUUGAUGACCGUCCUCCGACAGCGUGUUCGCUGCCUCGAGGAAGGCCGCCGACCCGGACCGAUUUUCCCUUAUACAUCUGUAAAUGGGAAAGUUCGCGGCGGCAUGGUGGAUCCAACAAGCUGACAGAAAGCAUACCAAAGACGGUACUCGCUCCGAAAGGGUUCGUUUGGUUUUAAGUUCCCUAAUAUAGACGAUUUUUAUUUGGGUUCGAAGAAUAUCCUGAGAGUGUGCGUUUGAUUCAAAGAUCUCUCUCGCAAGUUUGUACAAUAUUUAACAAGAAAACGGAAAGAUAAUCAGUCGUAUCAUUUAGAUUUUAAGUUAUUACAUUUCGCUCAAAAGAUUAUGUAAAAAUGAUUUUACUAGAAUAAUGAAUGUAAACAGUCAAAUGCGAACCAUACAAGGAAUAUUAGUUUGGAAUUUCAUAUCAUGUUCCAUACAAAUCAAAGCAAUAUUAUGUUAUAAUCAAAUAAUGUAAUAUUGUAGACAUAAUUUAGUAGGUUGUUUUGUGAUACAUGAAAACUUUACUUUUAAUGCGUUAGAAAGAGAAGAAAUUAGCAAAUAAAGUAUUGAAAUUGCCAUAGAAAAUCAAUGAAGAAAAAAAUAGAAAACUAACUGGCAUAACAAUAGUAUUAGGAACAGUUGAAAUUUUAGAAACUAAGAAAACCGUACGAGCUAAGCUUAUUAAAUAGUGGUUGGUCGAAUCGAAAACCAUGGAGAUGAUAUUUCCAUCAAAGUUUGUCUAUGAUUGGAAAAGUAUUUUAAGUAGUUUGUAGAGCAAAUAAGAAACCGUAAACUUUAACAAAACAACGGAAUUUUAUUACUUGAUUUUUCGAAGCGAGAAGAUAUAUUCUUAACAACUGAGGCGUUAGUUGACAAUAGACAAUCGUUUUGACAUAGAAAUAAUAAUCCUGAUAAGAAUAGCUUGGUGCCGUAAGAUAAGCGGUUAAUCAGUCGGCAAUUUAGAUGAGACAGAGGAUUGAUGUAAUCGAUCACAAAUUGAUAAUUAUUUCUAAACUCAUUUCCACCAUCCAGGAAAUCCCUAAACGACAUCAUUUCAGCAAAGUGGUUAGUGGUUUUAUUUCUAAGGUGCUUUAUUAGAUGAAAAUGUAGAUCAGUCUGAUUUGAAAACAAUGGUUCAAUUUCUCUCAUAUCUUUUGAACACUAGCACAAUACUAAAAAUGAAAGCGUCUCACGUAGUACUUAAGCUUUGAUCACCCACGUCGAAAAAAGCAAAACAAACACCAAUUAAAUAAGACUACUAGCGAAACCAAACAUGAAACUAGUAAACUCUGCCACUCGAGUACUAGCACCCGCUAGUUCAGACAUUUGUAGUUUUAUCAUUAUCCGCAAACGGACUUAAAUGAAUGUGUUUUUGAGUAAAGUUAUAUCUGUGCAUUUAAUUGCCUAUCAAAAUAUAUUGAAAUCAAAUGGAAAGGACUAUACAAAUAUUGUCGAUUGGUGUACCUACCCAUAAUUUUGCAAGAAACCAUAAAUGACAUUCAAAAUCAAGCACAAUAAAUCAAUUUAAGACAAGUUCUCUGUAUGUUUAAAACAAAAAUCCGCUUUCAACUAAUUGGAUUUUGUAGUUCGAACAAGGCUUUCGCUGAUUGUGCUUGUAGCGAAAGUGUCCAUUACAGAUAGCUUCUCACAAAAGUAAAACCAGGCGAACAUUGAAAAUUAAAAUUAUACUCAAAAAUUGAACGUAUAAACAUGGCACAAGUUUACAAGCAGGCUUGUAAGCAGUAGAUCGCUUUCGAUCGGUUUUGGUUGCAAGAUUUAGUAAAAAUUGUAAGUCGACUGCCACAAAAUACAAUCGAAAUUUAAUGAAAUUUUGAGAAUGGUUAAACAUAUUACGCGUAUUUUGAUGUUGGGAGUAUCUGAAGACGAAAAACUCGUAUUCAUUUAAUGUACCUUCAUUUUUGGAUAACAUAUAGCAAACCAUAUGUAUAGAUUUUGGUCCUCUCUGUUUUUCAAUAAGUUUUGUGAUAGCAGGCAAAUUCAUCCUACUCAAAAUAAUAGAUUGAAGUGCUGUUUGUUUUGUUUCUAAUUUAUGUAUUUUUAUUAGAAGUGAAAACUCUGCGAUAUUUGGUAUAAUACCAUUUGGCAUAAACAAGAUUAUGCCCUUUAUGCCAAGUAGCUUUAUACCAAACGGUGUGCACAAUCAAUGGGGUAGCGCCAAAAUGAAUAUGUACGUACGUAUAAAAAUAAAGGGAACGGAACAAAUCCGUGCAGUAAUCGCUUGUUUUCGUUUAGGAUUAAUUUGAGAGCGAAUGAUUAGUAAUGGCAUUAAAAAUUACACGAAUUUCACAUGUAUAAAAUUACAAAACAUACACCUGAAUUUAUAUGAGACAAUUUAAUUUUGGACUGUUCUCCAAUGAAACUCUAAAUUUUAGGCCAUCCUUUAUAACUUCAAUAUCCCCUUAACCUUCAGUCAGAAAUACAAGAGAUGUGAUAGUCUAAUUCUGAUAUCCCCAGCAUCAAAAAGCAAAUUUCAUAUUACAGAGCAGGGUGUCAUAACAUCACUUCAACCUCGAAACAUUUCCAUUCAACAAAAACCAAACAAGCUAAACUACCACCGACAUGACACCCUUGACCAUAAAACAGGUAAAAAGCGGUAUUUUUACGACCACAAAAUUUUGAAACCGAAAACCAAAUGCCUAUGCAACUUAAUCCAAGUGAUUCAUCCCGAUAUACAUUUUUUUUUUCAGGGGAACUUUCAUGAAGUGUAAAUAAACACUGAAUACACUGAUUCACACAUCUACAAAUAAAGACGGUAAAGUUUCACUAGAAUCAUUCGUCGAGGAUCUGAAACUGCAUGUCUACAUGUAUCUGUCAAUUAAAAGUUUGAGCUCGAGAUUUGAGCUCUCCUGAUAAUAUAAAAAAAAAAUCAUGCGUGAUUUCAUUCAAUUUAUAGAGCAAAUUUACUGAAAGGUGAUUAUUUUUUUUCUCAUCGCUGUCCGCACAAGUUUGCAAUUAAAAUUAUCGGGAAUAAUUUAAAAAUGUGGAGCCGACCUGGUGUGAUGGGUAGAACACUUGACUGUCACGCCGAGGACCUGGGAUCGAACCCCACUCCCGACAAACUCGCAAAAUGUGAGUUCUUCCUUCGGAAGGAAAUUAAACCGUGGGUCCCGAGAUGAACUAUCCCAGAGCUAAAAAUCUCGUUAAUACAGAUAAAAAGCAAACACUAAAAAUUUAAAAAAAAAUUAAAAAUAUGUGCAGCUUCACAUAAAAGGGAUGUACACACUUAAAAGUCACACUUUACAAACAGUUUGUGUGUAAGGAACUUAUUCAGGAUUCUAUAGCAAAAUAAAGGAAGUUUUUUCCGGAAUUUAAAAUAAUUAAUUUUAAACCGAGUUUUUGUAGGAUAAUUCAACUACAUACCCAGAUAAACUAGGAUGUUGGCACAGUUUGGCAUGCAGAUUCCGAAUACAUCGGGGAGACCACAGCUGGAUUGCUGAAGAAAUUUUUGGAAGAACUUUUGUUGAUGUUGUUCGAAGAUAUACUUGAAAAAACUCACGCGGAAUUUGAAAAAUAUCCUUGUGAAUUGUCAUUGAUGAAUUCAAAACGUUUCUGAAAAAUAUUGCAAAUUUUUUUUUCUUAUAAUACUGAGGGACAGGGCAAUUUUGGGUUAAUCCUUUGGAGCUGGAGGAGUCAUAUAUGACCCCAACAUAGAAACGGCUGUAUAAAUUCACCCAUUCGAUAAAACAAAAUACUGUCUUCGGCAAAGGUGCUACAAAUUUCGUCCUCUAUUAGAGAAAAAUG